AUGCAGCCGGCGCUCUUGGCCUUCUUCAAGCUGCUCUUCGCGCUGCUGUGUCUGCUGGGCACCGCGGCCAACGGCUUCAUCGUGCUGGUGCUGGGGGCCGAGUGGUGGCGGCGGGGCCGGCUGGCGCCCCCCGACCUCGUGCUGUUCAGCCUGGGCGCGGCGCGCUUCUGCCUGCAGUGGCUGGGCCUGGCCAACAACUUCUACGCGGUGCUGUGCCGGGCUCAGUACUUCACCGGCCCGGCGCGCCAGCUCUUUGGCCUGCACUGGGACUUCCUCAACACGGCCACCUUCUGGCUGGGCACCUGGCUCAGCGUGCUCUUCUGCGCCAAGGUCGCCAGCUUCAGCCACCCCGCCUUCCUGUGGCUCAAGUGGCGGCUGCCGGCCUGGGUGCACCGGCUGCUGCUCGGCUCCCUGGCCGUGUCCACCGUGGUCACCCUGCUCUUCUUCUGGGGGAACCGCCUCAUGUACCAGGGGUACCUGAUGGGGGACGUCGUGGGGAAUCGGACCUACCGGGAGUGGACGCAUUGGCUGGAGAUCCACUAUUUCCUGCCCUUGAAGCUGGCCGCGCUCUCGGUGCCCUGCUCGCUGUUCCUGGCCGCCAUGGCGCUGCUCCUCACCUCCCUGCGCAGACACGGCCACCGCAUGCGGCUGCACAGGUCCGCCCUGCAGGACCCGCGCGCCCGGGCACAGGCGCGCGCGCUCUCUGCCCUCGUCUCCUUCCUCGGCCUCUACGCGCUGUCCUUCUUCUCCCUCGUUAUCGAUGCUGCCGGCUUUUUCUCGGUCGAGAGCGACGGGUACUGGCCGUGGCAGAUAGUCAUCUACCUGUGCACCUCGCUGCACCCCUUCGUCCUCAUUCUGGGCAGCCCCAAGCUCCGCGCGGCCUGCAGGCAGCCGCUGCUGCGGCCCAGGGGCCUCCGGGGCACCUAG